AUGGGGGUUUCCGUGUCGCGCAGCGACGCAACGCCGUGUGCACUCUUGCAGAAGGAAGCGUCGCAGCGCCAACAGCGUCGCAGCGUCGCUCCCGCGUCGCAGCGUCGCAGCGUCGCAGCGUCGCAGCGCCAACAGCGUCGCAGCGUCACUCCAGCGUCGCAGCGUCGCAGCGCCAACAGCGUCGCAGCGUCACUGGCCCAACGGCAGCGUCGCAGCGUCGCAGCGUCGCAGCGUCGCAGCGCCACCCGCCCCCCGGAGCGUCGCAGCGUCGCAGCGUCGCAGCGCCACCCGCCCCCGGGAGCGUCACAGCGCAACGUCGGAAACCCACGCUUCGGUGGAUAUGCCUUUCCUGAAGCAUGGGCACGCAAGCAGCGGCUUGGUGAGGAAAUUGAUUUUGAGGGGUUUGCUGCGGUUACAUUUCCAAAUCUUGCACCUACAAUACCAUGGUUUCGACGCCAUGGCUUUGCGGCCUUUGUGUUGCCCAUGGAAUUCUCAACGCAGUGGCCAGAUCAUGGACCGAAGAAGAUGAAAGUUGCAAUGGGCAGGGUUUGCUUCUUUUGCAGAUGGGAGGUGAUAGAGUUGCCGGAGUUGGUAGAAACCGCAGCUGGAGCUGCCUUGGUCGACAAGCUGCGACCCCACUUAGAAUCAUCUGACUGCAAGACCUUCAACGAUUACGUUACAUAUUGGGCCUUGAAAACGUCCGAGAAAACAACGUUCAGAUUUUGCGAUGCCAGUGGGGAAGAGUCCGAUACGCGUUCAUGCUCGAGUUUGAAGGCUCGAAGUUCGCAAGUGGCGCAGAUGUUGUUGGAGAUCAGCUCUUGUGGAGACCGUAUUCUCUUGGUCUACGAGCCUGGUCUGGAUUUCCUGGACGCCUUCAUUGGUAGCCUACUGUCUUGCCGGACAGCAGUGCCUGUCUAUCCACCGGUACCCACUCAAGCGUCCAGCGUUCAAAAGUUUACAGCCAUCCAAGCAGAUUGCGGUGCGAAGGUUGCCUUGACCAGCUCCAAAUAUUGGUGGUCGACCGCUGCUUUUAUCAAUGCUGAUUGGCCUGAAAUCUCUUGGAAGGUGACGAGCAACUUGAAGGUCCAUGAAGAUGUGACGAUGCCCACCAUUUUGCCUCACAACCUGGCCUUCUUGCAGUAUACCUCUGGAUCCACGGGAGCUCCCAAGGGGGUCAUGGUCUCUCACGAGAAUUUGUUGACCAACUGUCUGAUUCCGCCGGAGUCUCCGGGAAAUUGCCGGAGCGUGCAGCGAGAUGAAGCGCAGAUUUAUGGACCCAACGAUGUUGUGCUCAUCUGGCUCCCACAGUAUCAUGACAUGGGGCUGGUCUGCGGGUACCUCACUUCUGUGGUCUGGAAUUGCCAGACCGUGGGCAUUUCUCCGAUGGAUUUCAUCCAAGAUCCCUUGUUGUGGCCGAAGCUGAUCACGCGGUACCGCGCCACUCACACGAUAGCACCCCACUUUGGCUACCAGCUGACGGCUCGAAGAAUGGAACUUGCUGGCCCUGAACUGUUGGACCUGGAUCUCUCAAGCCUGACGGUUGCUCUUGAUGGCGCAGAACCAAUCAAUGUGCGCACCCGGCUGGAAAUGUUGCGUACUUGGAAGCGCUUUGGUCUACGCGAGGGGGUCUACUCUGCUGCCUAUGGUUUGGCGGAGCAUGUGGUGAAAGUCGCCUGCGGAGGCCCGGAACACGUGGCGGAGGAGUUCGCUUCCACCAGGGCGGCCGAGUGUGGCACUUCCGGGGAAGGGAUUUGCUUGAAGAUCGUGGACCCCGUGACCAAGACAGAAGUUCCUGAAGGACAAGAAGGUGAGAUAUGGUUGGAUUCGCCAAGUAAAGGCUGCGGUUAUUGGGGCAAACCGGAGCUCACUGAAGAGAUAUUUCAUGCCCGGCUGCACCAAAAGGAGGAGCAAAGGACUUUUCUAAGAACAGGAGAUAUGGGCGUUGUGCGUGGUGGCAGGUUGUACGUAUGUGGCCGGAUCAAGAACGUCAUCAUUGUCGGAGGCAAAAAUUUCUACCCGCAGGAUAUCGAGCAGACAGUGCAAGAGGCUAGCGAGCAUGUGCGUCCAGGCCACGUUGUGGCCUGCAGCAAUUCUGCGGUGACUGAAGAGGAGCAGCUGCUUCUGGCUGUGGAGCUCCGUGACCCCCACGUUUACCCUGAGAGCUUGGCUUCCUCGCUGCGCUGCUACGUGGAGAAGGAGCAUGGCUUGGCCGUUUGGGGGCUGGUGCUGUUGAGGCCCCGAAGCCUUCCAAAGACCACCAGUGGAAAGCUUCAGCACCGGCAGGUGGCACAGCUCUGGGCCAGCUCCUUUGGCUCCGCCGUGGUCGAAUGCCACCUUUGGGGACGGUCUUUGAAUUCUUUGAACAAAAUCGAUUGGAGCAGGGUGUUUGAUCGCUCCGGCCGAGCCAGGCUGAUUGAAGAGUGGCUUCUAGCGGAGCUGGAAGGUGCAACGCCCGAAAGCAAACUCGCAGACCUUUCUUUGAGCUCAGUGUCCUUGGCGCAGCUUCACGCGAGGCUAUUGGCUGCACUGCAGACAUCCGGCCAAGACUUUUCGGAACUUUACCGGCGGUGCCCAGGACCCAGCCAGGACCUCGCCAAGUGGAGUGAGGACACCUACUUGCGCAUCUCCGUGGAAACAGCUUUUCCAAUUUCCUCCCUUUUUGGGGCCAACCUCCGUGCUUUGGCCCUUGCUGUCGAAGAGGCCAAAUUCCCUCCACGAAGUGCGGUAGUUGAAGAGGGCGGACAGUCGGGUCGGCGAGAAGUCAUUGAAAAGAUGCCGGUGAAGGGCGCCAAGCAGGUGGCCCCUUGGAUUGUGUGGACGUGGAAAACAUUUGGGCUUCUGAUGCCUCUCCUGAUUCUUGUGACGCCUUUCUUCCUCGUCUCCACCAUGCUCGAUUUGAUGCACCAAAAGGGUGGCCACCGCCUUGUUGUGGCCGCAGCUCCGCUACUCGUGGGUGGCAUUUGGGCUUCACUUCUUUUCCAGGUUUGGAUUCUUCGCUUGGCCUUGUUCCCCAGAGGUCUUUCGCAGGGGCGCCACAAGGUGAACAGUUCCGUGCACUUACGCCUGUGGCAGUUGGAUGUUGCCCUCACCUUUCUGCAUCGAUUCGGCAUGGUGUAUCGAGGAACUCCGGUCCACAAUGCUCUGUUGACCGCUCUCGGCGCUCGCAUCGGGCAUGGUGCCCGGCUUCAGCUGUCGGCAAGGGCGUCAUGCCAACUCUUGCGCGUUGGUGCUGGUUGCGUGGUAGAGGAAUCCAGUGUGAAGUGCCAUUGCCAAGUGGAUGGCGAAGUGAUCCUGGCAGCGGUGGAGCUGGCAUGCUGCUCUGUGGCCCGACGCUGCGUUGUGGAGCCCGGGGCCACGCUGCAUGGCGUGGUGCUGCGACCGCUCUCCACCGUGCCCAUGGGGGCGACGGCUGAGGCGAAGGACGCGAAGGUCCUGGCAGCACCGGGCUGUGUCGAUUGGUUGAAGUUCUUCUACGUUUUGGUGAUCCAUCCCUAUGCGUUUGUUGGAAUGCUCUACAUCAUGUUCUUGGGGUUCCAACGGGCUCAUGGAUUUUUGGCGUUGAUGGUUGGAGCCACCGUUUCGCUGAUGCUGGCUGGGAGCACCGCUUUGAUGCUCUUUGUCCUCCUGAAAUGGUUGUUGGUGGGAAGGCUUCGUCCGGGCACAUUGCCUGUCUUUCGCUAUGGCUGUUUCCGAGUGUCCACCUGGAUCUUAGCCAGCGCAAACAUCUUCAUCUCAAGCGUGCCAGAGUGGCUUCUGCGUUUCUCCUGUUACCUUUGUGGGGCAGAGGUCGCCGGAGCAGCUGAGCUGACAAUGCCCAGCUGGUUGCGGGUCUUGGAGGGUGGAGAGCUGGUUCGGAUUGGGUCCAACACAUUUCUUGGAGGCCUGUCGGAUUUUGCCUUGCAAGGCCAAGGUGCUGACAAGGAGUUUCAUGAAGUGCACAUCGGUGAAGAUUGCUACCUUGGUGCUGGGAGCUUUUUGGAUUCGGGGUGCCACAUGGAGGCAGGGGCCUCUGUGGCUGCCUGCAGCUACGUGCCGCCGGGCGAGCUGUGCUUGGCAGCACACACUUUCGCCGGAAACCCAGCAGUGGCGAUUGGCAAAAGCUCGUCGGGCACGCGACGAGAAAAACGAUGCUGGCUGCAGUGGUUUCUGCAUGGAAUCUUUCUGCCCACUUUGCAAAGGGCCAUCAGUUUACAGCCAUUGGUGCUGCUUCCAACCUUUUCUUUCUGGAUGAAGCAGUCCAGUUACACAUUCUGCUCUGAUCUUGGGUUCUUCUGGUGGCGCUUUUGUCUCACCAGCGCUGCUGGAUAUUUUCUCGCUUUGUUGCUUUGCAUCGCCAUCUACUGGGCUGGUGUGACCUGCUUGAGGCUCACAUCCAAGGAUUGGCCAGUGACGACUUUGACGGAAAACACCCUUGGAUCACACCUGUGGAAAAUGGUGAUGGAGGCAUUGUUUUUGUCUCGGCUUUGGACCUCUUUGCUUUUGCAAACCCCAUGGUUUUCCACAUUCCUACGUCUCUUGGGUGCACGCGUGGGCGCGCGCGUUUGCUUCGAUGACGAUUUGGGCUUUCACGAACCGUGGCUCUUGGAGAUUGGCGAUGACAGCCAGUUUGGUGUGGCACGUUUGUCCCCACAUUCGAUGGAACUGGACGGCUCCAUCAUUUUGCAACGCUUGGUGAUUGGACGAAAUGUAACGCUCCUUGAGGAAGCAUCAGUCUUUGGUGGGACUCAGGUACCAGACCGGUGCCUCCUGGGCUCCCUUUGUCGGCCUCUGAAGGGACAACAAUUGGAGGCCCGGGAGUACAACUCGACACCUGCCAGGUGA